AUGGCCGAUAGUCCGCCCCACGACAUCAGCAUGGCUGACUUCGGAUCACCUGCUGAAGAGUUGCCCUCCCGUUACUGGCACUCCUCGGAUCACGGCACAAGCAGCGGCCUUACCAGCUCUGACGUUGGACUACCCACUGAAGAGUCACCCUCUCAUCCCCAGCCUUCUUCAAGUCACGGCGAAAGCAGCGCUUUUAGCGCCUCUGCCAACCCUGACGAGGAUUGGACCAAGAUCUCAGAUCUUGCCGAGCGCAGGAGGGUACAGAACCGCAUCGCUCAGCGCAACUACCAAGAUCUUGAGCGCCGCGCUGGGCCAGAACAGAAUGAUGAUGACAAGCAACCUUUGCCUGAUAAUCAUGAUUGGGAUAUUACUUCGGUUUACAAACUGGAAUCCGAGGAAUGGCAGCAACAGAAGCCCAUUCCUACAGACUGGAGCCCCGAAGAUGACCAGCUGUUGUUGAUAGCCUACAUGCUGGGCUUUACUUGGGCCGAAAUCAGGGAUCAAUAUCUCCAAUCCAAGACGCUCAAGGCUUGCGUCGCCCGUCAUAGAUGGCUAAUGGGACUAAAUGAAAGGGGAGCCAGCGGCUGGGACUCUUCUAAAUUGCAAAACUUGGCCAAGGAGUAUAUGGGUAUGCAUGAGGAGAUUUGGAGUGGCCUGGCAGCUCGACUUGGAGAGGAUUGGAGGGUUGUGGAAGAAAAGUUCAUGCCCGGCGGACCUCAGAGCGUGGCCACCAAUGCAGUUGAGGGUCGAGCACGCAUGAUCAAGGAGUAUAUGAGCAUGCGUAAAGAUAUCUGGAGUCCAUUGGCAGCUCGAAUCGAAGAGGAGUGGAGUGUUGUCGAAGAAAAGGACUGCGGCGUGGAUUUGUACGGCGACUUUGUCGAUUCCAAGACAUCUGAUCUGGACGGCCUGCAAACGUUACUCGACGCUCCUGAUGAGGCCACGUCUAUAAACAACUCGAGUGAUUCAGAGCAGUCGGAAACACAGACCAAUCCGCAACACAUGGUCUCAAGAUCUUCAAGUUCGAGCAGGACAGACUCAAGCAGGGCAAACUCGCACAGGACAUCUUUGUCAGCCGGCAGCACUACCGCAUCUAGUGUCGGUGUAACUCCGCCCAAGUUCCUCGCUCUCUGCGUCAAUACCGGCGGAAUGUACAAGACCUUGGCCGAAUUAGACAUGUCACGUAUAAAUUCGGACGGAGAGGCCUUUUCGCAGAUGAAGAAGGCCUAUCUGCAGUAUCGGGGCGUGCGUUCCCGCUUGCAUUUCCUGGUCAAGCCAGUGACUGUUGAGUUUGUCCGCUUUACACUCUGGAACUUACGGCGUGGCUACGUUUCGGUAUGUGAUAGGCCCAACUCGAUGCCGCCCAACACCUGUAUCGACUACGAAUUCAUACCGCCGCCGAUGCCCCCCGAAGUCUUUGUGCAUUAUCUCGAGCACGGCGACGGCGACCUUAGCCCGAAUCGCUACACCUGGCUGCCACGGCUUCCUAAGAGGCGGAACCACAAGGUCGUUGACUGUGGAGAGGCGACCGAGGGUUGGGGCAUUCACGUCAUUGAAGGACCGAAUCGUACGGCUGUAUUUUGGAUCGUCAUGGCUACCAUCUCGAUUAGUAUAAUAGCGAGCGUCUUAUGGACUACGUUGAAGGGCGAUAUCCAGGGUGGUAUGGGACUCGGAGCUCUCAUUGUUGCUUUGCCGCCUGCGAUAAUGGCUGCUUUUCUCUUUCGGCUGGGGGCAACUUGA